UACGGGGAAUUUGACUCAGACGGUAUGGAAGAACUUUGGAGUUCUGGAUUGACUGAAAGCGCCAGUAUCGUAUCUGAUAUUGAACUUCAAUGUCAAAGUGAGGAGACGAUACCACAGUUUGUUAUUGCUGUUCGAUUGGCUGAUUCUCUGAGCAAGCAGCAGCGCUAUUGUGAAGCUAUUGAGCAUUAUGAGAGGGUCAUUAGGUGCAUGAAAGCUGAAAUUGAGGGAGGACAGAGUUUUGGUAAAGAGGGGGAUGAGGGUGUGGGAGAGAGUGACGUUAGAAUGAGAUUGGCGACAUGUCAGUACAAGAUGAAACAGUAUGGGUUUGUAUUGGAAACGCUGAGACCUAUUGUACACAAAAUGAAGGGACAGUGUUCAGUGCAAGCCGCAGCACUCUGUGCCACAACACACAUGAAACUGGGACAGAGGAACGAUGCAGUUGAUUGUUAUAAGGAUGUGUUAAGACGAUGUCCGUUGGCGUUAGAAGCAAUCAACGGUUUGCUUCGUGCUGGAGUGAAGUCGGCUGAGAUUUUAUUGCUUAUUCCUUCAGAAAUAUUGAGCAGAUAUUGUUGGCUAUCUGUGUGGAUUGACGCAAGAGAAAAGAUGGAAAAAUUCUAUUUUAAAGAUGCUGUCACUGUUCUACAGUCUCUCACAGACAAGUCAGUUGAAUCAUCAGAAUUGCUCGCUGAACUUGCAUAUAGUCAAUGGAUGGCGGGACAGUUGGACGAUGCGAGAAAAUCAUUUCGUAGGGCUCGAUGUUUAAACACAUUUGUCAUUAGUCAUAUGGAUUCGUAUGCACAUCUAUUGUUCAUUGACAACAAUCAAACGGAGCUAGAGAAUCUACAUAACAAGAUCAAUCAUUACAGUCUCGCCACAUCACUACAGCAGUCUAGUCAACAACACUGUGAAUCAUGGAUUGCCAUCUCAUAUCUCAGCUACCUAACAGACAAGAAGACUCGAGCUCUCUAUUUCUCUCAGAAGGCUUGCUCCCUCGAUGACACCAACGUGGAGGCCAUCAUUCUCAGUGGGUUCCUUCUGUAUAAGUUUAAUAAACCACAAGAAGGCGUGUUGCAGUACAGACAAGCUGUGAUGCUCUCGCCCGGUCAUUUUUAUGCCAAUGAAGGUCUAGUUCUCUGCCUUGUUGAAUGUCCACAGAAAUGGUCAGCUGAGCUUACUGUCCAGACGUUGCUCAAAACAGUUGGCUACUCAGCAAGAGCUUACGUAUUGUGGGGCAUUGCAAUCUCUAACGACGAUGAGGCAAACAGAAAGAGAAAGCGGGAGAUGUUCAUGAAGGCUAUUUCAAUGGAUGCCACGUUGUCUCGCGCUCAUCUGUUAUUGGCAGAAUCGUUCAGGGACAGUCAACAGUGUGAUAGAGCCAUUAAGACUUUGGAAGCUGGUUUGUCUCAGGUUGAAGUUGGUCAGGUUACAUCUUUACUAAUUGCAUUAGCAGAGAUACUGCAAUUAGUGGGGAGACCUGAAGAUGCAAUGGAACAAUAUAAAUCAGCCCUCAGAUUAAACCCUAACUGCGAUCAAGCUCUACACGGCCUACGAGAGGUCGAAGCAAGGAUCACCGAUUACGAGCCUCUCACCGAUUUCACAGGCGAAUACGAGUUCGAUCCGCAAGCAACAGACACCGAAAUCUAAACUACAAAUUGACUCUCGUAGAACGAAGCGAUGCUGUGGACGUCCAUCUGUUUAGCCUGCAAGAGAACAAACAUAGAGAUUGUGGUUUGCUAUUUGGGUUGACGGGUUGAUUGGUGGUUUACUCUGUCUGUAAAGUCGGAUUCUUGCA